AUGGUCGACAGUGUCUGUACGGACCGGGAGAAGGCCGAUGCCAAGGGUGCACAUUUCUCGACAUAUGUUGCACACAUGACCGGCCGCGGAGGCGAAGAGGGCCGCCGAACAAGUUUCGUUCAACUCCGGGCUCUGCAUCGCUGGCACCGCCGGAUCCAGCAGCAAGGCUCUGCCGCGACAUCCACCACCAGCUUUCAGAGCCCGCCGGCAUCCGUAUCAGAUAUCACAUCGCCGGACCAAGGUCUCAGCUACCAGACCUCACCCACUUCCUCAUACCCCGCUCAGAUACCUCAGUCUCGCACUCUCACUCAGUCCCAUGUCGUCGUCGCUGCCGCUGCCGGCACCGCCAGCCGCUCAGCGGCGGACCUGCGCGCCAUCAUUGGCCCGCCGAGCGCUAACGCGGCUCAGCACAGCGACUGGCUUUCCCUCUUCGCUCCCGAGGAGCUCGUCUACCGCAUGCUGGACGACUGGUUCGAGAAGGUCCACGCGCUCGCGCCGGUGCUGCACCGGCGGCGGCUCAUGCACCGCCUCAGAGCGGGCGAAGCCAACACGGACCGCACGUUCUGCGCGCUGUUGGUGAGCGUCUGCGCCGCCACCACGGCCACGUUACGGCGGACAUACUACGGCCCCGUGACGGUGGAGCGGUGCCUAGACUUCAUCGAGGAGCACCGCCUCCUCGACCACGGGCUGAGGAAGCCGUCGUACUCGCUGGACUGGUGCAUCACCAUGUACAACAUCGGCACCUCGGCCAGCUCGAUGAACGAGGACGGGCUCGGGGAUAUGGGGUCGUUCCACGGCAUGUCUGAGGCGGCGGCGGGGGUGAGGUUUCUGGUCUACUACCGCAUGGCGGAUCUGGACAUGUCUGAGCAGCAGUUGCUGAAGCGGCUCUUUUGGCUGCUGUUUGCGGCAUAUUGCAGUGCAGACAUAUUCGGAAAACUGUCCAUGAGCCUCGUCUCCCACCAGGAGAACCGCGCCCACCUGCGCCCGUUGCCCCUGACGGACUCGCAACUCGACACGGGGCCGCAGCUGUCGACGGCGGAACUGCCGCCGUGGCACGGCGACACGACGUCGUACGUUCCGGGGCUGAACCAGCUCAGCGACCUCUUCCUGACGUGGCACGAGGCGCAGACGGCGCCAGUCAGCCUCUACGGCGGGCAGGAAGAGGCGCUGAAGCACUUCCUGUUGAGGAUCCAGGCCAUCAUGGACAACUUCCCCCCGGAGCUGCGCUGGCGCGGGGGUCUGUCCCGGCCGCCGCUCGUGACGGAGGGCCACGACACGCAGAUCGCCAACCUGCUCAUCACGAGCCUCAACAUCCGCUCCAACCUGCUGCAGAAGUUCGGGUCGGCCGUCAAGACGUGCGCGCUCGAGCACCAGCGCAUCGUCGACGACCUGCUGGAGAUCCUGUACCGCGUGCCGCAGCACGUCCUGGAGCAGAACGGCAACAGCCUGAUCCCGAAGCUGCGGGACUGCGGGGCGGCGUACUUGGAGCAGAUGAACAUUGGCGGCGAGGGCGGCCCGCAGAGGCUGGUGAGCGAGAGCGCGAGGAUCAAGCUGGAGAAGCUGCUGAGGAAGUUGGACGAUAUUGACUGCUGGCCGGGGCCCUCCAUAAUAGCUGAGGGCCCACAGAGUAGCAGGCAAUGA